AUGGCGAUCCCUCGCAAAGCGAGCACGGAGGCGCAGCUCGUGUGGAUCCUCCUGUGGUCGACAGAUGUCAAGGAGAGGGAGGUCUCAAGAGGCCUUUUCCCUGUGAUUUUCGCUCGCGAGAACGGACAUGAGUCGAAACGGAUGGUAAACGGGCCUCGCAACGCCGGCGCCUUGGCCUGCCGGUCUGCCAGGCCAUCAGCCAAAAGGAAUCAGCACGGCACGGCAGGUUCCUCCGUGCAGGCCCACGUGCAGGCCCAAGUGCAGGCCCCGGCCCCGACCCAGGCGCUGGAGCGGAGCGAAGCGAUGCGACGGCAGCACCGGCAUCGUCGGCGGUCGGUAGCGAGACAAUGA